UUCGAUCGGAAACCCAUCCGUACGAUCUCACGAGCGGAGUGGAAGACGCGGCGAGUGGAGGCCGCACGGGCGCCUGCGUUCUCUCACGGCAGCCGUUCCACGUUUCGCGUUUCGCCGGAUGUUAGUCGACGAACGUUUAUUAGAUGACAACGUUUCGAUGGCCAGUCUCUCUCGAAGCGCCGCGUGUCCGUCGCAGUCGCAGAUCACAGCAGGUCUCACGAGGCUGGAUCACGAGAGGCUCGAUUGGGAUCGCGGACGACGACGGCGGCAAUAGAGAUUCACGCACGGGACCCCGACAGAGGAGGAGAUGGCUGCCGUUCUGAGGAGAAAACUCCGUGUCUUGUCGGGCACGCUCGCCGGCAACAGAAAUACUCCGUUGCUUAUCGCCGCACGGUCCCUGACAAGGUCAUCGGUCCGUGGAGACAUCAGCGAAGGAUGGAUCAGCAAACUCCUGGUGAGGAAGAUCGAGCCCACAAAAGAGUCACACUCGCGGAUGCUCUCCGACAAGGAGGUCAUUUACGCGCUGCACACUCACAACAUUCGGCCGGACUCGAUCGACAAAUAUUUGACCAACUAUGAAGAAAAUGUCAAUCUUAUACACUCAAAAAAACUUGAUUUGAACUGUGAAUUGGUUGGUUCAUGGACAGUCGAAGUUGGAGACUUGGAUCAGGCUCUACAUCUGUGGCAAUAUACAGGUGGCUACGAAAGUGUAGAUCAUGCACAAGCUGUACUUUCUACAGAUGAGGCUUAUCAACGACUGCUUAGAGAAAGAGGAAAUUACCUAAGAUCACGUCAUUUACAAUAUCUAUUGGCGUUCAGUUACUGGCCACCGCUAGUUAAACGUACAGAUUCAAAUAAAUAUGAAAUUCGCAGUUACAGCUUGAAACCAGGCACAAUGAUAGAAUGGGGAAAUAAUUGGGCCAAAGCCAUCAAUUACAGGCGCAACAAUGAUGAGCCCUUUGCUGGUUAUUUUUCACAAAUUGGUAGAUUAUAUAAUGUUCAUCAUAUUUGGUGUUACAAGAAUCUUCAGUCACGUAAAGAAACGCGUGAAAGCGCUUGGCGAUCACCCGGUUGGGACGAAUGUGUUGCCUAUACGGUACCUUUAAUAAGAGAGAUGCAUUGCCGCAUACUAAGCCCGACUACAUUCUCACCUACGAAAUAAAAUUUUACGCUCGCGACGCGCAAAUGCAUUUGUAUAUUGCCGAUCAUUUCUUAUAUA